CGAGAUUUCGAAAAGCCGCCAUUUUGGAAAAUCGAAAAUUCUACGAUUCGCUGAAAACAAGAAAAGGAAGAGAAAGUAAAGUGACGCCACAAUGGACAACGAUCUCAUCUGCAACUACAAGAAGUGUCGCAAGAGGCUCACCACGUUCGCUUGGGUGACCUCCUGCUCCCAUAUAUUCUGUGAUGAGGAUGGAACCAGGGAGUUUAACAAAUGUUACACCUGCCCAGCAUGUGAAACCAGUUUGUCAGACAAGUUUGACAUCGUCAGAAUCGACCUCCAGCCUUCAGAGCAGUACAAGUCGAUGGUUCUGGCAGGACAGAGACCAGAGGUGAUUAUGGAGAUCUGUUCUCGAGCCAUGUCCUUCUGGACUUACCAGUCUCACCAGGAGCGGACAUACCAGGAGUACAUGUGUAACAAGGCGAAGGAGAGAAGUGUUCAGCUGGAGAAGUACUAUGAACAGGUGCUGAGCACAACACAGGCUGAACUCAGCUCUCUCAAGAACCAAAUCUCAGCUAACCGCAAAGAGCUGGAGAGCACCAAGAAGCGGUUUAAUGAGGUGUCCGAGAAGCUGAUGGAGAGGAACAGGCAGCACCAGAAACUGCAGUCCAUGUACGACGCACUCAGGAGACGGACCAUCACGCCCUCAAGCUUCGACGGGCAGCUGGGGAGAGCGCCCCCUGCCGCGCUGAGGGGGCAUGACAGCAGCUUCGACAUGCCCAUCGCCACCGGACAAGACGUGCUGGCGCGACAGAGCAGUUUGUCCAACGUACUGAGGCCCGCCGGAACUCCGCCUGAAAAAGAGUUUGUGCUGCGCCCGUCCAGCACCCCGGUACAGCUGAACCUGUCCCACCAGGACUUGAGCUCCGUGCACAUCGUGCAAAACCGCUUCAACAUGGAGCUGGGCACGCCGUCCAAACGGGCAGGGGGGUACCGCAGGGGGGCUGACUGA